GAAUUUAACAUAAACGAACCUGGUUGCAGUCCCUACCUAGCUCUCUGUGGAAUAAACACACAAUGCUUUAGUUAAUAUAAUUAUUUGUGUAUUUCUAACAGUCAGUGCAGUAAUGGCGGAUCCUGCGGUGAUGACCGGUGGUGUUCUUAACACCGCAAUGCGGUCAAGCGGUAAUAAGGCGUCGAGCAGCCCGGCGGAAAACUAUAACCUGGCUCGGCGGCGCACUCUGCAGGUGGUGGUCAGUUCCUUACUGACUGAAUGCGGUUUCGACAGCGCUGAGAAAGCAGUGGUGGAAACCUUAACAGAAAUGAUGCAGAGCUAUAUAACUGAAGUUGGACGUUGUGCAAAAGCAAACUGUGAGCAUACAGCCAGAAGUAGCCCAACACUCUCAGAUGUGGUCAUUACCCUGGUAGAAAUGGGUUUUAAUGUUGACUCACUCCCAUUGUACGCCAAAAGAUCACAGAGAAUGGUCAUAACUGCACCUCCAGUGACAAAUCCACCUGUGAUUCCUAAAUCUCUAAUGGCUGGCCAGAAGCGCACCCACCCUGCUUACAUCCCCAGCCAUUUCCCAGAUUUUCCAGACCCUCAUACGUACAUCAAAACCCCAACCUUUCGUGAGCCUGUGUCAGACUACCAGGUGCUGCGUGAGAAGGCAGCUUCACAAAGACGGGACGUUGAGAGAGCUCUGACACGGUUUAUGGCCAAGACUGGGGAGACACAAAGCCUUUUUAAGGAUGAUCUGACUGCGUUUCCAUUGAUAGCAGCACAGCUGAGCUCGAUCCCCUAUUUAAGUGCGCUUUUGCCUUCUGAGCUGGAGCUGCAGGCACUAGAGGAGACCGAUUCAUCUGAGCAGGAUGACCAGACAGACUCAGAAAACAAUGCCAACCACAUCAUGAACGAUGAUGCAGGAGCCGACAAGGAGAACGCUGUACUCCCACCAGGUGGUGGCUUAAAAUCCAACGAGGAGAACAUGAUCGACAACCCCUAUCUACGACCAGUCAAGAAGCCGAAAGUAAGGCGAAAAAAAUGAAGUACAUGAGAGGACUCGUACGCAAUGAAACAAGACUGGAUACAGAUGUUCUGGUGCUCAUGGGUCACACUGUGCCUUUAAAGAGGACGAAUUUUGCUGUCAUGUUAUCGACCCGCAGAUCCACUGGCACAGUUGCAGCACUGAACUACUGGUUUUAAUCCUCUCGAGCCUGAUUGACUCAAACGCAGUUCACAUCAGAGUUAAAUAUUUAACAGUUUGUUCAUUAGACUUUUUAUACACCACGCUUUGUUUUGAUAUUCACUAUGCUCAAACAAUUUGCUUUUGAUCUCUUUUUGUCAUGUAUGAAUGACUGAAUCAAAAAUCGAUUCAAAUAAAUGUUUUUAUUUUCCCCACCAGA